AGCUGUUGCGCAGUUGAUCGCAACACUGAAUUGCUCGAAGGGAGUGAGUCUCGCAAAUAAUUUCUUAUUGCGCAGUUUUACGAGUAAUUUUGUGAAUCGAGCAUUCGACGUGCUUGACAUUGAUAUUAACGAACAGAGCAAGUGAUUUCUCAAAAAAAAAAGAAAAUCAUGGCAUUAGUAUCGAGGAACAUGUUCAACAAUUGGUGGGAUGAUAUAGACCGCUAUCACCGUGAAAUGGAGGAGCAUCUCCGACAGUUGACUCCGCGCGACAACAAUCUGUGGCGAACGCCGACGGUCCCGUUGUUACGUUCGUCGUUCUGGCCGUGGCGCGAUAUGUUUGAAAAUAUAGAGCGCGAGAUGGGCGGCUCGGCGACAGUCGAACGCGACGAGAACAAGUACGAGGUAAUCGUAGACGUGCAACAGUUCGCGCCGGAAGAGAUCACCGUGCGCACCGAUGACAAGUACAUCACAGUUGAGGCCAAGCAUCACGAGAGGAAGGACAAACACGGCUAUGUGUCGCGACAAUUUGUGCGUCGCUAUCUGCUGCCUAGGGGCUACGACAUCGGUCAUGUGAAGCCCAAGUUAUCGUCCGACGGCAUCCUGACCAUCACGGCGCCCAGACUGGCAUUACCAGCGCCAGGCGAGCGAAUCGUGCCGAUUCAGCGAACCCAUUUCCCGGCGAUCAAGGCCUCGUAAUUCGUUGGGAAUGUUUCCGAAUAACGCGAGAGUGGUCCAGUGUCUAAGAGAUUAGUCCCGAAGAUUGCCAAAAUAUCCGAAUCAUUUUUAGAACACUUUUGAAGCCGUUUUUAAGGUCGAUAGUUUGUAAAAUUGUGUGUAAUAAUUGCUUGUAAUAAUAAUUCUAUAAUCUAGGAAGAAUCGAAGAGAAAAAGAGAGAGAAAAACUUCGGAUAUUUGGACGAUCUCUGGAUAUUUCUAUCUUCGUCGAGUUUUAACGACCGGUUCGCGUUGUUCGGCUUUCCUCGUGAAUGUCUAUUAUUAUAUUCAACCGAUCAAUGCGAUGUACUCAAUUUACUGUAAACACUUACUGAUAUGUAUAUUAAUAUAUUGGUAUUGUGUCUUGUAUACUGAGUGAUUCAAAACAACUAUUUGUCCUUAAAAAAAUUGUCAUAUUCCUGAA